CUAUUCUUUUCUUAUCUAGUAGAAAAAAAUUGUUUUCCAGAUGCGAUCAACACCAAGCCACCAAUCCACAUAUUGGAAAGCGAAAGUAACACCAACCCCUUAUUCAUAAUUAACUUCAUCUCUCAAUUUCUUUGAGCUAUAGUUUAGUUUGAUUUGGCGAUCGAGAGAGAGAGCUCAAAUUCCGUCCCUCAUGGAAACUAAGGAGGGGAAUAGUGGAAUUGAGGAGUACUUCGACUGGAAAGGGAAGAAGGCAGAUCCUAAAAAGCAUGGUGGAAUGAGAGCUGCUAGUUUGGCUUGUGUUGUGGAGGUGUUAGAGAACUUGGUAUUCCUGUCUAACGCCACCAACUUUGUGGCAUACUUCACUAAGACAAUGCAUUACACUUUCUCUGAAUCUGCAAACAUGGUGACUAAUUUUAUUGGAACCUCUUUUCUUCUCACAAUAUUUGGUGGGUUCAUCGGCGACUCUUUCUUCACCAGAUUCAGGACUUUCGUUGUCUUCUGUAUAAUUGAGUUACUGGGGAUGAUCCUUUUGACCGUUCAAGCUCAUGACACUCGAUUGCAACCAGCAUUGCAAGAAAAGCCUUCUAGUUCUCAAGCUGCUGUUCUUUUUAGUGGACUCUAUGCCAUUGCGACAGGAGUUGGUGGAAUCAAGGCUACCUUGCCUGCACAUGGUGCUGAUCAGUCCGACCACAGCAAGCAGCGGUCCAUUUCCUCAUUUUUCAAUUGGUUCUUCUUCUCUUUAUGCAUAGGAGGCUUGCUGUCCUCGACUAUUAUGGUAUGGAUUGAAGAGAACCGAGGCUGGAAUUGGAGUUUUAAGAUAUCAGUUGUUGUCUUGGGUGUGGCGCUUUGCAUUUUCAUUGCAGGUUUUCCAAUUUACAGGUUCAAAAGACCUGGUGGGAGUCCAAUCACAAGAAUCUUAAAGGUAUUUGCUUCUGCUUCUCGGAACCGAAAAGUCUCAUCAGGACUAGAGCUGAUAAAUGAUGAAGUUGGAGAAAGAUCCCAUAAGAAGUUCAGAUUCCUAGACAAGGCAUUAUUUGAUGACACCAUUAGUGCAUUUCAGGUCAAGGAAACAAGGACCUUCCUUGGCCUGCUUCCCAUCUUUGCUAGCACAAUCAUGAUGAACUGUUGCCUGGCCCAGCUACAGACAUUUUCAGUGGAACAAGGGAGCAUCAUGAAUAGAAAACUAAACAAUUUCCAAAUCCCUACCCAGUCAUUGACAGUGUUCCCCCUCAUAGUCGUGCUUGCCAGCAUACCUACAUUCGAACAUCUAGCAAACUCUUACAAAAACAAGAUGUCGGAAAACCAUUACAUUCUCGACCCACUCAAGAGGAUUGGACUUGGGUUAGCACUAGCAUCAGCAUCCAUGGCCGUGGCUGCUAUUAUUGAGUUUAAGAGACGUGAAGCAGCAGAGAACGGGCACACAUUGUCUGUGUUUUGGCUAGGGUGGCAGUACCUUUUGUUGGGUGUUUCAGAUAUGCUGACUCUUGAGGGGAUGCUUGAAUUUUUCUACUCGGAAGCACCUGAUAGCAUGAGAAGUAUUUGCACUGCUUUGUCAUGGUGCUCUACCUCUAUGGGCUACUUCCUUAGCUCCGUACUAGUGUCCAUAAUCAACUCUAUUACUGGCAAAUUGGAUCAUGAAUGGCUUGGGGGACGUAAUUUGAAUCACAACCGUUUGGAUCUAUUUUACACAAUUCUUUGUAUUCUGAACUUCCUGAACUUGCUGAAUUAUAUUUACUGGGCCAAGAAGUAUUAGGGUGGGUCUCUAAGGCUUUGUUUGAUAGCAAUUUCAACCGCGCUCUUGGCUGCGCCACCAAACAGGCUGAGUUGUAGCCUGGUUGAUUAGACCCAGCAGGAGGCUCCGAGAAAUUGAUGAUAUGUCUAGCUCAUUAUCUAUGAAUAAUAAGACUGGUGUAAAUCAUUAGAAAGAGAAACCAGAAGAGUCUUCUAUCGUGUA